AUGUUUAAUAAAACCCUUCUCAUCGUGCUUCUCGGAUUGUCGGUGGCCAUCUAUGCUCUUCCACCCAACCCACUUGUCUUGAAGAAAGCUCACGGAGCGUUUUGUCAUCUUUGCGAAGAUUUGAUCAAGGUAGGCAAAGACGGAAAGGAGGCUGGGGACGUUGCAUUAGAUGUUUGGCUGGAUGAAGAAAUUGGAACCCGCUGCAAGGCAAUGCUUCUUCUCGCAAAAGAGUGUUUGAAGGAGUUGAAAGUGGUCGAACACGACAUUCAGGAGGCAAUCGACAAGGAUAUUCCAGAAGAUAAGACUUGCAAGGAUGUUGAAUUGUGCUAG